UGCGCAGGCGUGCUGAGGGAGCCCCGCCCCCGGCUGCGUUCCGUCCAAUCCAAGCGGAGGCGCCAGACUGAGAGGAAAUGGCGGGGCGCUCGGAGCUUUCGAGCGCGAAGCAGGCGGGAGCGGUGGGUCGGGCUGACGAGGCCGGAGGGCAGGCCAAGUCCUCACAGAAAAUUGAAGACUUGAUGGAAAUGGUGAAGCAGUUACAGAAAGCCGGAAACCUAGAGCCCAGGAUUGAGGUCCUGAUUAACCGGAUUAAUGAGGUCCAGCAAGCAAAAAAGAAAGCCAGUGAGGAGCUAGGAGAGGCCCGGACUGUCUGGGAGACCCUGCAGAAGGAACUGGACUCAUUGAGUGGAGAGAAAGUACGCCUGAAAGAGAUCUUGAGCAAAAAGCAAGAGACCCUGAGGAUCCUCCGGCUCCACUGCCAGGAGAAGGAAAGUGAGGCACAGAGGAAGCAUACCAUGCUGCAGGAGUGCAAGGAGCGAAUUUCUGCCCUGAACUCCCAGAUGGGGCAGGAGAAGAACAAGCAGAGGCAGUUGAGGUUGGAUUUUGAGGAGCAACUGGAGGAUCUGAUGGGCCAGCAUAAGGGCCUCUGGGAAUUCCACAAGCCAGAGCAGCUGGCCCUGGAGAUCGCCGCCCUGGACAGCAGCAAGGAGAAGCUGCUCAAGGAAGAAAAGCUGGUGGAGGCAAAGCUGGAGGAUGUGAAGCAUCGUCUGUGCUCCCAGUUCGGAGCCAAGGGCUGCUCGGCAAUCACUGAGGGGCUCUUCCUGCGCAGCCAGGAAGCAGCAGCUGUGGUGCAUCUGUUUGAGGAGGAGAACAAGAAGGCCGGGGAGCUCCUGGAGGCUGCCGCCCAGCGCCAGGAGCAGCUGCAGCAGAAGUGCCGGCAGCUGCAGCAGCAGAGGCAGAGGCUGAAGGAGGAGCUGGAAAAGCUUGGAGUGCAGGUCCCUGCUCAAGGCCAGAGCAAUCAAGAGGAAGGGGCUGGCCCAGGAGAAGCUGCCAAUCCCAAGCCCCUUGGAGUCAGUGAGGAGAAAGACCCAGAGCCGCCCACUAAGCAGAGCCUGAUGCCCUCCUAGGCAAGGAGGAGCCACCCUGCACUAGAGCUUAUGCCCUGCACUGGAGCUUAUGGGCUUCAGGAAAUAAAGGCACCAUAUUAACAC